AGCUACGUAGAGCUCUUCUUCAGAUUACAUUAGGUAUAUUCAGGACAGGCAGCAAACCUGUUAUCUCCUCAGGAGAGGAAGUGCCGUGGAUGCCAUGUUCUGAGAUCAAGCAUGUAAAUGUGUUGAGUCCAUGCAUCCAUCACUGCAAAGUAAGGUGUAAUUGUAGUGUGGGUAAGCUUACCAACACUAGCUUUAAUUGAGCUAGCACCAGUAACCGUAGCAACGAAGACGUGGUGGCAUGGGCUUCGGCACAGGCUAACAAUCCCAGCACAAGCCCACAGGGGAUGCUUAGUACAUACUUGGAUUGCUAACAAUGCUGAAGUCCAUGCUCUCACAUUUUCACUACCAUUGUUACCUGCGCUCUGUAGAUUAAAAUGUGUGUGGGUAUGUCUACUUGUGCAACAAUUACCGCACCUUAAUUUGUGGUGUCAAGGUAUUCCAGUCUGAGUAGGACUGUGGUGGGUUUUAGGGGUUCACAACCUUUCUCAGCUGGAAGCAGGUUUGUGACUGCAACAGAGAGGAGAAUAAAAGAGGACAUGGGAGAUUCCAGCCAGUCCCUCAAACACUACAGUAACUCUUCAAGGGUCAAGACUUCAGUGGAUUAGCUAUAUUUAAGGUUUCACAAUGUCUUCCCAGGAUGGAAGAAGAGCAGCGCCGGCUGUCCCAAAAGGAACCGGUUUCUGGCAUUCUCCAGGGACAACUCAUUAUGGCCAAGAAACAAAAGAGCUGCUUAAAGUGAUGAUGGAGGAAUCCAAACUUACCAGUUUCCAGCAACGCCACCUCAUGGACUGCAUGAAACGAGGUGUUUCCCUGCCCACUCACUGCAACCCAACAUCCAGCAAAGAACCACAGCUUGUGCAGCCCUCUCCACCAAAGCCUUGUCUUUCAGUCACUCUAUUGGCCAGACCUCAUCUCCGACCUGCCGAGAUCUGCCGGGCAGGCGAUGCCUACACCCGAGAGAAAUUCAAACCCCGGGCCACUCGCGACUUAGAGAGGGAGAAGCAAAGGCUCCAAAAUAUCUUAGCGACUGGAAAGGACAUGGUGGAACAGAAGCCACAGCAGAAGCCAGUGCAGACAGAGGAAGAAGAAAUACCUGAACCUGACCGGUUUGAAGAACUGGUGAAUGAAAUUCAGGAGCGGAAGGAAUUCCUGGCAGAGAUGGAGGCUCUGGGCCAGAGCAAGCAGUAUCGAGGGAUUGUCCUCACUGAAAUCUCACAGAAACUGCGGGAGAUGGAGAUCAUCGAUAAGAAGAGGAGUAAGGAUGUGAGAGAGGCAAUGGCAAAAAUCCUCCCUGUGGGAAACAAAUCUGAUCUCAAUAGCUAGACCAAGACCAGACACCAGAGCAGACCAUUUCCACCCCUUCUUUCCUUGCCCUUCCAAUAGGGCUGGGCUUCCACCAUAGAAGGGUCACAGAACUGGUCUAUGCCUAUUCAUCUAAGGCAGAUCCUCUUAGAGGAAUGUCAGUAGCACCUGUUGCGUAAAUCCAAGAAGGCAGUAAAUAUUUAUGCAUAA